AAUUUUGAUAAAUAGUUUCAACACAACCUUGUGUAAAUUUGACACUUCUGGUCACAACCGGAAAUGGACUGCAGAAUUUCCUUUCCUUUUCUGCUUUGGACCGAACAAUACGCAAUUUUCGAGAUUGUACUUGAAACUGUAGAAAUAACGCAACAUGCCACGAGAAAUAAAAGAAGUUAAAGAUUUUCUUAAUAAAGCACGUCGUUCAGAUGCGCGUGCUGUAAAAAUCAAGAAGAAUCCUACGAAUACUAAAUUCAAGAUCCGCUGCUCGCGCUUCUUGUACACGCUAGUGGUACAGGAUAAGGAAAAGGCGGACAAAAUUAAGCAAUCUUUGCCCCCAGGAUUGCAAGUCAAGGAGGUCAAGUAGUGCUUCGUUCGUAUCCGCAUCAUCACGAGCAGUGCAUAAAUUCGAUUUGUCUGGAUUCAAAUACUUCUUUAAAUAAAAUCGAUUUUUAAAACGUA